AUGCAAUUUCGUGGCGUGGCUGUGUCACGGGCUACGCGUCGUCCGUGUCCACCCGUCCUCAUCACGGGUCGAUGCUUCCUCUUGAAGCCCUGUAGGCACGCGCCUCUUGAGACGUCGAGUCAGCAAUACUCGUCCCUGCUGCACGACAUGGAGUGUGUAGAGCUGACGCCGUCGGAGUCGCAUACGGGAAACCAGCGCGGUACCGUUCCUGCAAGUCUUGCUGGUAACAGCUACUACGCGCGGCGGUACAGCGCCCAGGGUGACGCCCGUCGCGGCACCCUGGGCGCAACAGAGUCCCGUGUGCAGUUCUGCAGCGGGGAUGUGGUGCUUCGCCUGUCUCUCUGUGCUGUGCCCCGAGCGCUGGCCCACAGGCGCAUCGUGGAUGUCACAGGUAUGCAGACAAGUUUCCACAAUGUCUCUGAGCGACACAGCCGCGCCCUCGCCACGGUUGAAGAGGCAAUGCAAACAAUGCACCUGCACGAUGGGCAUGAGGUGCCUGCUCUGCAACGUGGCGAUGUGAACCUUAUACGGUUGCAGGCGAGGUGUGUGUACAUCUCCCCUCCGCCAUCACACUCUUCUGCGGCAGGCGAAGCUGCUAUAGUGAGCCUGAGGCACCUGUCUUCCGUACUUCGGCCGCUGAGCAACCCAGGCGUGCUUCUGGCGCAGAUGCGGCGGCUGUCUUUUCGGUCUGAGAUGGAGGCGGUGCAGGCGGCGCAGGUCGCAGCGUCAUUUGUCACGGGGCUGAGAGGCGGCGGCCCUGCACCGGGAGAGCAUGGGGCUUCUCUUGACGUCUUCAGCUCCGCAGCGGUGCUGAGACCGGUGGUGCGCGACGGCCACGUAGUCGCCAUGACGCUGUGCCCUCCUUGCGACGCCAGGGGAGGAGUUAGGAGACGUUGA